AUGUCGUAUCUGGAGUGGGCAGAGAGUCAACUGGCAGAGAUAGAGCUUCUCUCCAGCAUGUUUCCCACACGCGAGGAGUUGGACUUCUCUGACCCCAUGGCCCUGGCUCUCCUCAGGGGCUACGUGGAAGGGGCUGGGUCCACUGAAGGGCCCCCCACAUCGAGACCGCAGUUUCAAAUCAAGCAGAAGAUCCUGUCUGCUGGAACGAACGAGAUGGACGUAAUUAUGUCGUGUGCGUAUCCCUCGGAGUAUCCCAGUGUGUUGCCCGAGAUCACUGUCAGAUGCUCAGGUCUGAAUCGGUCUCAGCUGAGCCAGCUCCACUCUGAGCUCAGUGCCCACCUGAGUGAGAGCCAACUGGGGGAAGUGUGCGUCCUGUCGGCUCUGGACUGGCUCCGGGACCACCUACACCUCUACACUUCCCUUGCCCUGUCUCCCAUCACCUCCCAUCCGAGCAGAGACCUUCCCCCAGCCCCGGUCUUCACCCGCCUCUGGAUCUACAGCCACCACAUCUACAACAAGAGCAAGCGGAAGAGCAUCCUGGACUGGUCCAAGGAGCUGGGUCUGACCGGCUUCAGCAUGCCGGGGAAGCCUGGGGUGGUGUGUGUGGAGGGCCCGCAGGAGGCCUGUGAGGACUUCUGGGCCAGGCUGAAGGUGCUGACAUGGAAGAGGAUCAUGAUUCGUCACAGGGAGGACGUCCCCCUUGGAGGACAAGGAGAAGUGGAGGGAGAGGAGGUCGUAGCUUUCAGGACUCUGGACUCUCUGCGGAAGUUCAGCCGCUUUGAGGAGGCCAUGUUUGACCCGCACGGUAACCGGGGAAACCACAUGGACCUGGGACAGCUCUACCACUACCUGAACGACAAAGGCCUCAGCGAUGUGUUUCAGAUGUACUUUGGCAUCGAGGGUCGCUGA